AUGUCUUCAGAUGAGGAGGGAACAACAGGGAGCCCUGUUUUACCCAAAGACUCUGAUCCAGGUAGCUCAGUCUCUUCAGACCUGCAGGAUGAAUAUGAAGAGUUGCUUCGUUUUGCUGUAGUUACCCCCAAAUUCGAACCAGGUGCUUUUCGUCAGUCUCACCAUUUCUCACAUGUAGUACCAGAUGGCAAUUCCUCUGGUCUAAUAGAUGAUGCAUUUUCACAACCUACAACAGGGGCAGAUUUGGAGCAGAAGGAAGCAGAUUAUAGCUCUUUACUCAGACAUCUGAGAGCAUCAGAGGUGCUCACUGCUCCAGCAUCCACAUCUGUUUCCGCACCACCAAAUCCACUAGAAGUACUAGAAGCAGAAGGUGGCUUCCAUCAUUCCAUCAUGAGCUCCCUUUCUUCUCAUCAUACUUCUGUCCAGUUAGAAAGGAAUGAUAAUGUAGCCAGCAACCCAGAAAUCCAUGAAACUAUAGUGACUGAACUUCCUGUUCCUGCUGAGAACAUGCAGAGAGUAGAAAAUAUACUUGACAUGUGGAGCGGAAAUCUUAAGGCUAAUGUAAUCACUGAACUCAACAAAUGGAGACUUACAGUCAUCGAACAACACCAAAAAGAAAUGAGGAAAAUGAGAGAACAACAUGCUGAACAUGUUGGUCACUUGGUUAACCAGAUGGAAAAUCUUAAAGAAUUAUUGCAUACAUAUGAGACUUCAGCCCAAAGGAAAGAUGAGGUCAUUUCAACUCUAACUCACGGAAUACAGAAACAAAAGGAAAAAGUUGAGUUGAUGAGGACAUUCACACACUGGAGGAUGCAGCACUUUAAUGCCAGACAAGAGGCAUAUGCAAAUGGAUUGGCAGAUAAGCACUAUAAACUAUAUAUAAUGCGGAAGGUCUGGGCAGCCUGGCAUUCUCUUAUUGAAGUUAGUUGGAAAGAAAAGGUUGCAAAAGCAUGCCAAGCUAGAGCUGAAGAAGUCUGUGUCCAGCUGUCUAAUGAUUAUGAAGGAAAGAUUGCAGAGCUAAAUGAUGCCUUAGAAGCAGCAAGGAUAGAGAUCCAGAGGCUCCAUAGUGAAAGGGAGAGGUUUGAAGAGUCUAUGAAAAAAGCUUUUAUGCGUGGAGUGUGUGCUUUAAAUAUGGAAGCCAUGACUAUGUUCCAGGGCAGAGAAGCAAGGAAAGAUCCUGAAUACGACUACAGGAGGGAGGAAUCUGGCCCCAUUUCAUCAGUUCAUUUUCCAUCACAGCCUCCAGGCUCAUCAGCUCGUUUCAGCCCUGUUCAUUUUGAAACAUCUGUUCCACCUUCUACAGGAACUACUGAUACAGACCAGGGUACAUCCCAGUUUGUAAGUACUUCCCAGUCCAGAGUAGCAGAAACAACAACUGUACCCUCAACUGUUUCUACCACCCUGCCUUCACAGAAGCUGCCUAUUACCAGGGUUGUGACAUCUGCACAGCAGAAAGCAGGAAAGACCAUAACAGCCAGAAUUAUGGGACGAUCAGAUAUUGGACCCAAAGGCAGUAGAAUAGGUUCCGAUACAAAUGUAAUGGGAGUAUCGCCUCCAAUGAGUUCUGUUGUUGUAGAAAGACAUCAUCCUGUAACAAGGCAAACUAUAGGUCAUGCUACAGCUGCUAGAUAUCCUCAUUCUGCACAGCCUUCCUCAAGCAUAGUUGGUGGAAGAAUUACAGGGCAGAGUGGUAAAACUCAACAUGGUCCUACUAGUAUCCAGUCAAUAAAAGUUGUUGAUUGAAUCCAUCAACUACCCAGAAAAAAUCUUCCAAGGAGGAAAACAGAACCACUGCAAACAGCUUUCUACUGUUUUGGUGAAGUUGCUUUUUUUAAUGUGCUUUUAUAAUUACUAUAUUUUUGUGCUUGGAAAUUUUAUCACGUACUGUAACUAAACAAAAAAUGAACGUUUGCAUAUUUUGCAUCCUUAUUUUGUAUCUUAGUGAGAUGUACAGAAAUUGUCGUGUUUGUUUUAUGCAGUAUUCUAUGUUUAAAUUAUAUGGUUAAUUUUUCAGUGAUGCAAUAGUCCAGAAAGAAUAAGCAGUGCAGAAUUUUUAAGUAAAUUACAACAUGAUAAAUUUGCAUUUAUUUUUUUAAUAAAGCCAUAUUUUAAGUUAUAAAAUGUAAUACUUGCUUCCGUUUCUUGAACUGUAAAUACAAAGAUGCGUAAUGAAUUAAUAAAUAAAAACUUAUGCUGUGUUGACUAGCAUUUACUCUAAAAAUGGAUGCUUCUAGAAACAUUGAGCAUAUCUUAUCUUUAUUUCCUAAUUAUUUCUUAAUUUUAUUUCUUUGUUAAAAUAUAUCUGCUUCUCUACAACACUUGUGUAAAUGUGUGCAUUUAUAUUACUUUCUUGCAUGAUAUAUCAUCCUUUGUCCAUGUCCAAACAGUGCUUUUUUUCUUAUUUUUGUACAGCCUUACUAAAAAGCUGUCCUCCAGAAUUUGGAAUUUACAUAGCUAUGAAUUCCUUCUUUGGCUGACUGAUUGCACUGUCAUUUACUUUGGGACUGGUUAGAUCAGGCUGAUCCAGAGAGCAAGCCAACAAUUUCAGUCAGCCACUUGAAGGGGAUAGUCCUGCAACUAGUUCCUGUCCUAAAGUCUUCUGAUAUAAUAAAAAAUAAAAAUAAUCUCGAGA